AUCGAAUGAGUCUCUCCCACCAGCCAGCAACAACGUGCCCGAUGCACGAGGAUGGAGCGUUUUGGUAGCAGAUCACAUAAGCGGAUCUCGCAUUGCGUUAUUUAACGCGUCCACCUGGUCUGCAUAGAACACAUUUUCACGGCGUCUUCCUGGAGGUGUAGUGAACGAUGGACCUGCACAUCUUGGACCAUAGAUUAAGGGUCACAUCCAUCAGUAAAACGGGACUUGAACAGUACACACACCCCCUAAUCAAACUGAUAUUUCUCAGAAACAGGACGAGAUGCAAAUUUUUCAGUCUCACAGAGACUCCGGAAAAUUACACAGUUGUCCUUGAUGAGGAGGGAUUUAAAGAGCUCCAGCCGUCUGAGCACUUACAGGUGGAGGGCUCCACUUGGCUCCCGCUCAAUGUCGUCUCCAAUGGCAAUGCCUCCAGCAGCUCACAGAGCGUGGGCGUCACCAAGAUCGCCAAAUCUGUUAUCGCUCCAUUGGCCGAGCAGCAUGUGUCCGUCUUCAUGCUCUCCACCUAUCAGACCGACUUUAUUCUGGUGCGAGAGAAAGACCUGUCGGUGGUGGUGGAGACUCUAGUGGAGGAGUUUAAUAUUUUCAGAGAGGAGGGAGGAGAAUCAGUGCCUGUCCACAGUCAGGACGCCUGCAACGGCCUUCAGCGAAACGGCAGAGAGGUUCCACAUGCAACAGUUCAUCCGGUGCUGAUUCCAGAAAAUCAAUUUUGCGUAAUGAGCUUGGAUCCGGACACACUGCCAGCGAUUGCCACAAUCCUCAUAGACGUUCUGUUUUACUCUAACAGUCCUAGAGAGGGCGCCAGUAUUGAUCAGGACAUGGAAUGUAUCAAGUUUUUCUCCUUCUCUAUGAUUGAUGGAUACGUCUCUUUGGUGAUGGACACAGAAGCACAGAAACAAUUCCCCACUGAUCUUCUCUUCACCAGCUCUUCUGGUGAGCUCUGGAGGAUGGUGAGAAUAGGAGGACAGCCACUCGGCUUCGAUGAAUGUGGGAUAGUUGCUCAGAUCUCUCAGCCUCUUGCAGACAGUGAUAUAUCAGCGUAUUACAUUAGCACCUUCAGCUUUGAUCAUGCUCUGGUGCCGGAAGAAGACAUAGUCAGCGUGACUGAGAUGCUUCAAGCUCAGAGGAUGUCCAGCUGAGGAUGUAUCUUCAGAUUGAAAAGAGUAGAAAAAAAACCUACACAGUGGAUGGUAGAUCUUAUUUGAGCCACUAACACACAGUAUUACUCCACAACCAGAGGUGCUUCAGUCACUGCAUUCGAGAGCUUGGGCUUAAAACAGGCCUAAACUCAAAAAAACAGUGGCAUUUUACUUUUGCGGAAAUAUACCAUUACCAUUAAUCAAAGUACUGACAUGAUUUGAAAUGACACUUUUAAGGCAUGUUAAUGAUCGAUUAUUUGAAACACUUUUUUUCUUAAUUGAAUUAGAAGAUGAGAGGAUGCUAUCGAUUUUGGAUGUUUAUUUCUUCAUUUUCAGGGGUAACAAUAACACAAUGUUAUGUAAUGCGCAACAAGAAAUCCACUGUUUGGUUUACCUGCUGCCAUUAUGUUCUGCAAAAAUCAUUAUUACUUUGAGUAUUGCACACAGACGUCUUCCAGUAUUGUCAGAAUCAGGUUUUUUUCCUAAGUAACCCUGUUUGAGGUCAAGCUAAAUACAUUUUAUUGUUGUAGCAACUUAUGGUUUCAUUGAAACAUUGCAAUUAGAAAAGCAGUUACUGACAGAGAAUAUUCGGAUCACUUUUGAAUCAGAAUUUCAAACAAUACUGGAGUCAUACUGUUAUGAAUGAUUAUUUUGUUUUAAAUCACGUUUAC